UGAAGGGGGCAGCAAGACGGACUCGCUGGAUUAAGCACAUCAUGGGCGACACUGGAUCUAAUAAAUCUGUCAGGACGUUAUCACUUCGGGUUUUUAUCUUCUGCUUGGCUUUGCUUCGGAGUCCCGUUCAAGGUGAACAUCGGCUGAUCGUGUCGUCCCGUCUGGUCUCGGCCGCCCCCGGAGACGACGUCCUGCUGCCGUGCCGCCUGGAGCCCCAGCUGGACCUGCAGGGCCGGACGGUGGAGUGGUCCAGGAUCCAGGAGGCACUCGGGCCCAGGACCUACGUGCACCUGUACAGGAACGGGAGGGAGAUGCGCCAGAUCAUGACGCCGUCCUACGUGGGCCGGACGUCGCUGUCCCAGGACGGCCUGGGCCGCGGGGACGUGUCUCUCACCAUCAGGGCCGUGAGCACCGACGACAGCGGCACCUUCAGGUGUUUCAUCCCCUACCUGAACCAAGCGGCCAGCGUCCGGCUCGUUGUCGACCCGAUCUUUGUCAGAACCCAGACGACGGGAACGCCGCGGCCUCCAGGCGACGUUUCAACUCCACGUCCAGGAGACGAGACGCUCCCUGACGGUCUGCGGUCCAGACUCCCCGUCUGGAUCUCGUGUGCAGCGCUCGUCUUCGUCGUGGCUCUUUCUGCCGCCGGCGCUGGUCUGGUGAGAAACCGCCGGGGGAACCAGGAGGAGAAACUAAACUGUGAAGCUGGAGGACGAGUCUCUUCUGAAACAUGUUGUGCAGGAUGCUGCAGCCGGCGCUGGCCGGAUCUCGUCUGCCGAGCCUUCACGACAUCCUGGCGUAAACACGACCCCGCCACGUCAGACGGAGACGCUCUCUCCUCGGACGGGGCGUUGACGACGUCAGCCCUCCUGGACCGGCCAUCGGGCCACGUUUGACUUUCUGAGACUAUUAUUGAUAUUAUAGAUGCAACAUGAAUAAAACUGAACUGAAACAGAAAACCACCUUCCUCUGGGUGGAACCCCGAGAGAGAGCGAUGAGACGGAGUCGGCAGCUGCUGGAGGACUUGGAGAAACCAGAAAACCACGCUCUGUUGGGCGUGAACACACCUCAACCUUCAACCUUCAACCUUCAACCUUCACCCGCCUCCAGGCUGCAGCUGCUGGUUCUGAAUGUUUUACUAAGGCCACGUUUACACAUAGCCGGGUAUUUACAAAAACAGAUAUUUCCCCCUCUACGUUUUGAAAAAUCCCAUCAUUUCCAGGAACCUGCAUAAAUAGCUGUUAAGGUGCUAUGAUCAUCCAAACCUACAGGGGGCAGUGUAACGAGAAGAUAAAGUCAUGCUAGCCAAUCAGAAUCCUGGAAAAAAACAUCAACAAAUGACACGAGUAACUUCCAGUUACUUCCAAGAUGAACGAGAGUCUUUGGUUUGGAGUGACAGAGAAGUGGAGUUACUUCUCAACAUUUUGACUUUUUUCUCGACAUUUCGUCUUUUUUCACAAAAUUUCGACUUUUUUCACAAAAUUUAGAUUUUUUUUUUUAAAUUUCGACUUUUUUCUCAACAUUGCAUCUUUUUCUCUGCCACCUACCCCCCCUUUUUUCUCGACAUUUCAUCUUUUUUCACAAAUUUCGACUUUUUUUCUAAAUUUCGACUUUUUUCUCAAAAUUUCCCCCUCUACGUUUUGAAAAAUCCCAUAAUUUCCAGGAAGACUGCAACGGACAAUCAGGUCUGCAGAGAGGAUAGUUGGGACUAACCUCCCAUCUAUCGACGUCCUGUACCGGUCCAGGACCAGGAAACGGGCAGGUAGCAUCUCUGCUGACCCCUCACACCCAGGACCAGGUCCUGGUCCAGGUCCAGGACCUGGACCAGGACCAGGACCAAACCCCUCACACCCGGGACACAGUCUGUUCCAACUCCUCCCCUCUGGACGGCGCUACAGAGCUCUGUGCGUCAGAACCUCCAGACACAGGGACAGUUUCUUCCUGCAAGCGGUUGCUCUGAUGAACUCCCUCAACUAACAGUCUCAGAGUAACCAAACACGUGCAAAAAAAUAAAUAAAUAAAUAAAUAAAUCAUCUAGCACCCUCUUUAAUAAUCAUGUCUGCCUCACUCUGCUGCACCUCUCACUUUGUAUUUCUUUUGUAUAAUUUUUUUUUUCUUGUAUUUUUUGUAUAAUUUGUCUGUUAAAAUUGUAAAUAGGUUAUACUUAUUCUUAUUUUUAUUCAGAACUGUCCUUCUCACUACCUCAAACUGCUGCACCUUUAAAAUGUUUAUACUGUACAUAGAAAUACCACAUUUGUUUAUUGUUUAUUUUUAAUACCAAAGAGCGAAAUUACCGGAGUAAAUUCCUUGUUGGACAAUGUUCGAACCUGGCCAAUAAAGCUGAUGCUGAUUCUGAUUCUGAUGAGCAUACAAACCUACAGGGGGCAGUGUAACGAGAAGAUAAAGUCAUGCUAGCCAAUCAGAAUCCUGGACAUUUCGACUUUUUUCUCGACAUUUUGACUUUUUUCACAAAAUUUCGUCUUUUUUCCACAAAAUUUUGUCUUUUUUCUCAAAAUUUCGCUACCUCUGAAGAAGUAGUUUUCCUGCUUCCAGCUGCAUUUAAAGGGUCUGAAUGUUUCUCAUUUUCAUAUUUAUUCCUGUUCUGUGACACUGAUGUUUAUAAAGUAAAGUGAAGUUAAUAAACCUGUUGCUCUGAUGAACUCUCAUCACUCUUAGUCUCAGAGUAAUCAAUCACUGUCCAAUAAUAAUAAUUAUGACACAAUCAUAUGCUGUAACACUGCACCUUCCAAUAACCAUGUCUACCUCAUUCUGCUGCACCUUUAACUUUUUAAAAAUGGUAUAUAUGUUAAUAAGAGCUGUCAUUUGUCUAUUACAUAUUUACUGCACAGUGAGCGAGAAUAAGAGUUAAAUUCCAUGUCUU